CAAAGACGCUGAUCCUCAGCUACUCCUUGAUCGCCCUGUGCGUUUCGCGUCAUCCCGCACCGCACAGCACAUGCGCUCCAUCAAGCUCCUCUCAGCCGUUCCCGUGCUUUUCUCGUGCUCUUAUGGCAUCUCGAGCCUUCAGUUUGGAGGAGCGAACAGCGUUGGUGGCGUACGGCACGGAGACUGGCAAUGCUCAGGACGCCGCGGACGAAGUAGGACGGCUGUGUGAACGCCUGCAUUUUCGUACCCGUAUACUAGAACUUGAUCUCGUUUCACUUAAACAACUGUUGCAGCACUCCUUAGUAGUGUUCGUGAUAUCUACCACUGGCCAAGGCGAGCUUCCGGUAAAUGCCCAAAAAUUCUGGAGGGCUUUACGGAGUGCUCGCCUUCCUCCCGGCUGUCUGCAAAAUUUGCACUUCACCUCAUUCGGCCUUGGAGACAGCGCUUAUCCGCAAUUUAACUGGGCGCACAAAAAACUUACGAACCGGCUCCUGCAGCUUGGUGCUCAGAUUGUCUGUGAUCGAGCUGAGUCCGAUGAGCAACAUCCAGAGGGCAUCGAUGGCUCAUUCAUACCGUGGCUAACCCAGCUUCGGCAGCGAUUGUUAGAGCAAUAUCCCCUGCCCGACGGCGUGGAGGCGAUUCCAGAUGAUGUCCAGCUUGAACCCAAAUGGAUCUUACAAGAAGUUGAAGGAACGGUCGAAGGAAUAUCCAGUGGCGUUCCAAUUGAGCCUGCAGAUGAACCACCGGACGGUCCACCCAGUGGCAUUCCUGCUAUCCUGGUAUCCAACGAGCGCGUUACUCCAGUCGCGCAUUGGCAAGAUGUGCGGCAUCUAUGCUUAGACCUGCAGGGCGAACAUACGUACGUGCCUGGUGAUAUAUUGACUAUAUAUCCGAGGAACUUCCCUGCCGAUGUCGACCAGCUCCUCGACAUCUGCCGUUGGACCUCUAUCGCAGACAGGAGGCUUGUGUUUGCACCCACGAGCCAAGAACAGUAUAAUCAAGAUCCCAAAGAUUACCCCCCACCUCCCAUUCCAGCAUUGCGGGGUAAACACUUCACGUUGCGAGACCUCUUCAUCGCACAUCUAGAUAUCAUGUCCAUUCCGCGACGGUCAUUUUUCUCGCAUCUCCUCCACUACACAAACGAUGAAUUCCACAUCGAGCGACUCCGCGAGUUCACAAAUCCAGAGUUCAUAGACGAGCUAUUCGACUAUACAACCCGCCCGCGACGCUCUAUCCUUGAGGUUCUGGACGAGUUCACUAGUGUUCAUUUACCGUGGCAGAAGAUCUGCAGCAUAAUCCCUGCCAUGCGAGGUCGGCAAUUCAGUAUUGCAUCAGGUGGCGCUCUCAAGGCUCCACGGGAAUCUGCAUUCCUAGGAAGCAACGCAAGUACCAGGGUUGAGCUCCUCGUUGCUAUUGUAAAGUAUCGCACUGUGAUCAAAAGGAUACGACAGGGAGUUUGUACACGAUACAUUGCGUCUUUGCAACCGGGGCAUCGAUUGAAUGUCACGCUGCAAGCAGGUGGACUGCAUCCUAGAGAAGUGGAUAUAGAUAAGCCGGUCGUAAUGGUAGGCCCGGGAACGGGAGUCGCCCCAAUGCGAAGUUUGAUCUACGAACGGGCAAAAUGGCGGGAAGAAAACUGCAAGGCAUCUGGGAAUCAUGAUUGGGUGGAAGAUAUUUUAUUCUUUGGUUGCAGAAACCAGGAGAGCGAUUACUUUUUCAGAGAUGAGUGGUUAAGAUUCGGCGAACAAGGCUUACUGAAGACCUUUGUUGCCUUCUCUCGCGAUCAGAAACAAAAAGUGUACGUUCAGGAUCUGAUCCUCCAAAGGUCCAAGCUGGUGUUCAAGGCCCUGGCUGAAAAGGGAGGUAUGGUUUAUGUUUGCGGUUCGUCUGGGAGGAUGCCCCAGGCCGUGCGAGAGGCGCUCAUCGAGGUCUUCCAGAAAGAGGGUGAGAUGGAACGGUCUGAUGCGGAGACGUAUUUCACGAGAAUGGAGAAGGGAGGGAGGUACAAGCAAGAGACAUGGUAGGACCCUAUGCACGUUUUCUGCUAAAACAACGGCAACUCAAUGCCAGAGAACGACAAGUCGUUGCUGAGUUAUGAGAACAACAAAUAAGGUAAAGCAUAGAGGUUAGACUAGACUAUCCCCUGUAGAUGAUUAAGUAUCGCUACUCUAUCAUUAAGACACAG